AUGAAGGAUAUCCUCACUAAGAAGAAAAUAUAUAUAGAUCAAGAAACCAUCAUCCUUGACGCAAAUUGUAGUGCAAUCAUUCAACGUACUCUACCGCGGAAAGAAAGCGAUCAUGAACGAGUUACGUUGCCGGUUAUAAUUGGUGACAUUCAUGUUGGAAAAGGUUUGGUUGAUUUGGGUUCUAGUAUCAAUUUUAUUCCAUUAUCCAUGGUGAAGAGAUUGGGAAUUAUUGACAUGAAAGCAACAAGAAUCACAUUGCAAUUGGCCAACAAGUCCACAACUCAUCCUCAUGGAGUUUCAAAAGAUUUACUUGUAAAAGUAGAUAAAUUCUUGUAUCUGGUUGACUUUGUUGUUAUUGAUAUGGAGGAAGAUGUUGAUACACCAUUGAUCCUUAGUAGACCUUUCAUGAAGACCGAAAGGAUGAUGAUUGAAAUUGAUGAUGGUUUGAUGAAAUUGAGGUUUCAAGAUGAAGAAGUGUGUUUUAAUAUCUUUGAAGCAAUGAAUCAUUCAAAUGAUAAAUGA